UGUUUUUGUUUUUAUACCUGAAAAUUGAAAAAAGUAGCCACCCACUAAAAAAAACCUAAAGACUCGCGUUGUGAAGACACAAAUACAGUGUUGUGUCGACUCUGGUGUUUCUCGCAGUCACAGGCUCUCAGCCUCGUUAAACCAUUAGCAGAGAGAGAGAAAGAGACCCUUAAAACCCUAUCUGCCUUUGUUCAUCAUCUUGGCGAUGAAUACCUCCCAAGCUACUCGUGCGGCUCUUUUUCUAAACGGUUCCAAUAGACAAACAACGCUUUUGCAGAGAAGCUCAACAACUCAACUGUGGGGUUCUGUUAGAUUUCAAACCCCACAGGGUCUGCGCUCUCUGAAUAGAGCCAAAGCUACUACUGGCUUGAGAUGUUCCACGCCUGGAGCUCCUCCUGUUUCUGUUGUUGAGCAACCGAGCUUGGUUGAGAAACCUGCUGCAGAGGUCAUCCAUUUCUACCGCGUCCCUUUGAUUCAAGAAAGCGCCAACGCUGAGCUUCUCAAGGCCGUUCAGACCAAAAUCAGCAACCAGGUUGUCAGUUUGACAACAGAACAAUGUUUCAACAUCGGUCUUGAAACUGAAUUAGCACAAGAAAAGCUAUCUGUCCUAAAGUGGAUUCUUCAAGAAACAUUCGAGCCAGAGAAUCUAGGCACAGAUAGUUUUCUUGAGAGGAAGAAGAAGCAGGAAGGACUUCACGCCACAAUCAUCGAAGUCGGUCCCAGACUGUCUUUUACAACAGCUUGGUCCACCAAUGCAGUUUCAAUAUGCAGAGCUUGUGGUUUAAACGAAGUGACUCGCUUGGAAAGGUCCAGGAGGUACCUCUUGUUCAGCAACGAGCCACUCUUGGAGACUCAAAUACACGAGUUUUCCGCGAUGGUUCACGAUAGAAUGACCGAGUGUGUGUACCCUCAAAGGCUGACUUCAUUUGAGACUAAUGUGGUUCCCGAGGAAGUUAAGUAUGUGCCUGUGAUGGAGAAAGGUAGAGAGGCGCUUGAAGAUAUCAACCAGAAGAUGGGUUUAGCCUUUGAUGAGCAAGACUUGCUGUAUUACACUAAACUUUUCAAAGAGGAUAUUAAGCGUAACCCCACUAAUGUUGAGCUGUUUGAUAUCGCUCAGUCCAACAGCGAGCAUAGUAGACAUUGGUUCUUUGCUGGGAACAUUGUUAUUGAUGGAAAACCAAUGGAUAGGUCUCUUAUGCAGAUUGUAAAGAGCACUUGGGAGGCAAAUCGAAAUAACUCUGUCAUUGGGUUUAAGGAUAACUCCAGUGCUAUAAGAGGCUUUAUGGUGAACCAGCUACGCCCUCUACUUCCUGGCUCCACUUGCUUACUUGAUCUCAGCGCACGUGAUCUCGACAUACUGUUCACUGCUGAGACACAUAAUUUCCCUUGUGCGGUGGCUCCUUAUCCUGGCGCUGAGACAGGUGCUGGAGGGAGAAUCAGAGACACACAUGCAACUGGAAGAGGCUCAUUUGUGGUUGCAUCCACUUCUGGUUACUGUGUUGGGAACCUCAACAUGGAGGGCUCUUAUGCUCCUUGGGAAGACUCCUCUUUCCAGUACCCAUUAAACCUUGCCUCACCGUUACAGAUACUUAUAGACGCUAGCAACGGUGCGUCUGACUAUGGGAACAAGUUUGGAGAGCCUAUGAUUCAAGGAUAUACAAGAACCUUUGGGAUGAGACUGCCGAGUGGGGAUAGAAGAGAGUGGCUGAAGCCGAUUAUGUUCAGUGCAGGUAUUGGACAGAUUGAUCAUACUCAUAUAACCAAAGGGGAGCCUGAGGUUGGGAUGCUUGUUGUUAAGAUCGGUGGACCUGCUUACCGUAUUGGCAUGGGAGGAGGCGCUGCUUCGAGUAUGGUGAGUGGUCAGAACGACGCAGAGCUUGAUUUCAACGCUGUGCAGCGUGGAGACGCUGAGAUGUCUCAGAAGCUGUACCGUGUUGUCCGUGCUUGCAUUGAGAUGGGGGAGAAGAAUCCCAUCAUCAGUAUUCAUGAUCAAGGCGCUGGCGGGAACUGCAAUGUGGUGAAAGAGAUUAUUUAUCCAAAGGGUGCGGAGAUUGAUAUAAGAGCUGUUGUUGUUGGUGAUCAUACUAUGUCUGUGUUGGAGAUUUGGGGAGCUGAGUAUCAAGAGCAGGAUGCUAUUUUGGUUAAAGCUGAGAGCAGAGAGGUUUUGGAAUCUAUCUGUAAGAGGGAGAGGCUUUCAAUGGCUGUGCUUGGAACAAUUAAUGGAGAAGGUCGGUGUACUUUGAUUGAUAGUACAGCUGCAGCUAAGUGCAAGAAAGAAGGCUUACCUCCACCUCCUCCUGCUGUGGAUCUUGAACUUGAGAAGGUUCUUGGCGACAUGCCUAAGAAAACGUUUGAGUUCAACCGAGUUUCUUAUGCACGGGAACCACUUGAUAUUGCUCCUGGGAUUACAUUGAUGGACUCUUUGAAAAGGGUUCUGCGUUUACCAUCUGUUUCUUCGAAGCGGUUCUUGACAACCAAAGUGGAUAGAUGUGUGACAGGUCUCGUUGCACAGCAGCAAACAGUUGGACCAUUGCAGAUCACUCUCGCUGAUGUUGCAGUCAUCGCGCAAACAUUCACUGAUCUAACAGGCGGUGCAUGUGCCAUUGGGGAGCAGCCAAUCAAAGGUCUGCUUGAUCCAAAAGCCAUGGCGAGACUAGCCGUUGGAGAGGCUUUGACAAAUCUGGUUUGGGCGAAGGUUACUACACUUUCUGAUGUUAAAGCUAGUGGUAACUGGAUGUAUGCUGCCAAGCUCGAAGGAGAAGGAUCAGCUAUGUAUGAUGCUGCGAUUGCUCUAGCUGAUGCCAUGAUUGAACUUGGCAUUGCGAUUGAUGGUGGAAAAGAUAGUCUUUCAAUGGCAGCUCAUGCGGAUGGUGAGGUUGUUAAAGCUCCAGGGAAUCUUGUGAUAAGUGCCUAUGUUACCUGUCCUGAUAUAACAAAGACAGUGACUCCUGAUCUGAAGCUGGGAGGUGAUGAUGAUGGUGUUCUCUUGCAUGUUGAUUUGGCAAAGGGGAAGAGGAGGUUAGGUGGAUCUGCACUUGCUCAGGUCUUUGGUCAGAUUGGAAACGACUGUCCUGAUGUUGAUGAUGUUCCUUAUCUAAAAAACGUUUUUGAGGGCGUUCAAGCUCUCAUCUCAGAAGACUUGGUAUCUGCUGGACACGACAUCAGCGAUGGUGGACUAGUUGUAGCAGCUAUGGAAAUGGCUUUCGCUGGAAACAAAGGUAUAAGCCUUAACUUGGAUUCAAACGGGAUAAGCCUCUUUGAGACUUUGUUCUCGGAAGAGCUCGGUCUCGUUAUGGAGAUUAGUAACAAGAAUUUAGACGCUGUGUUGGAGAAGCUCCGUGGGUUUAAUGUUACUGCUGAGGUCAUUGGGAAAGUCACUGACUCACCUUUGAUUGAGGUGAAAGUUGAUGGAAUCACUCAUUUGAGCGAGGAAACUUCAUUCCUCAGAGACAUGUGGGAAGACACCAGUUUCCAGCUGGAGAAGCUUCAGCGAUUAGCGUCUUGUGUGGAGAUGGAGAAAGAAGGUUUGAAGUUGAGGCAUGAACCUAACUGGAAGCUCUCGUUUACUCCUUCAUGGACCAACGAUAGUUACCUGUCUAAGGAUGCUAAACCCAAAGUAGCUGUGAUCCGAGAGGAAGGCAGCAACGGAGACAGAGAAAUGUCAGCUGCAUUUUACGCUGCAGGUUUCGAACCGUGGGACGUGACAGUGUCUGACCUUCUAGCCGGAGCAAUCACUCUUGACCAGUUCCGUGGGAUUGUGUUUGUUGGAGGGUUCAGCUACGCUGACGUUCUCGACUCAGCCAAAGGAUGGGCUGCUUCUAUAAGAUUCAACGCUCCUCUCCUGAGUCAGUUCCAAGAGUUCUACAAAAGACCAGACACAUUCAGCCUCGGAAUCUGCAACGGCUGUCAACUAAUGGCCUUGUUAGGAUGGGUUCCAGGCCCUCAAGUCGGCGGGUCUCUCGACACGGCCCAGCCGAGGUUUGUUCACAACGAGUCAGGAAGGUUUGAGUGCAGGUUCACAAGCGUGACGAUCAAGGACUCGCCGUCGAUAAUGCUGAAGGGAAUGGAGGGAAGCACCUUAGGAGUGUGGGCGGCUCAUGGAGAAGGAAGGGCUUACUUCCCGGACGAAGGAGUCUUGGACCGUAUGCUUCACUCAGAUUUGGCUCCGUUGAGAUACUGUGAUGAUGAUGGGAGCGUAACUGAAGCUUACCCUUUUAACCUCAAUGGCUCACCGUUGGGGAUAGCGGCUAUAUGUUCACCUGAUGGGAGGCAUCUUGCGAUGAUGCCUCAUCCUGAACGUUGUUUCUUGAUGUGGCAGUACCCGUGGUACCCGAAGAGCUGGGAGGUUGAGAAAGCUGGGCCUAGUCCGUGGUUGAAGAUGUUCCAGAAUGCUAGGGACUGGUGCUCUCAGCUUUAGAGUUAUGUUUAAGUUGGUUGAAUCUGAUGUUGAGUUCUGACAAUUGGGUCUACGUUUUGUUUUACUUGAUAAUACAUUCUUCAUAUGAAAUAAUAAACAUAAUAAUCAUUGCAUCGAUAGA